AUGGCUUCGAUUACUUCUUCGCUCAAUGAGAGGGAGGUUGAUAAACCUACUGGUCUUCUCGACGAUUGCUCAAAGAAAAACAAUAAUUCUUCCUCUAUCCAUUCAACGAGUUCCGAUUUUGAUGAUAACUCUACCAAGUUAGGCUUUGCUUCUACAAAUGACGAAAACUCAACAAGGAGCCUUGAUUCUGAACCGGAUUUCAGUGACAUUGAUCAAAAACAAUUGAUUAAAAAACUUGAUUUCAGGUUGAUGCCGCUUUUCACAAUUCUAUACUUGAUAAGCUUUUUGGACAGGGGCAAUAUUGGUGCUGCGAAGAUAGAAGGACUUGCAGAAGACUUGAAUUUGCAAGGAUCAGAGUAUAACCUUUGCUUGACGGUGUUUUUCAUAUUUUACGCAACUUUGGAGAUCCCCAGUAAUAUCUUGCUUAAUCACGUUAAACCUUCGGCUUUGAUAGUUUUGGCUGUAAUCUUAUGGGGGAUUGUCAUGACUUGCACUGGCUUGGUACAGAAAUACGAAGACUUACUUGCAUGCAGGGCAUUACUUGGUAUCUUUGAAGCUCCGUUGUUUCCAGGGAUCUCGUUCUACCUUUCGGUUUAUUAUACCAAGAAUGAGUUUUUGGGGGCCUUGACCAUUCUUCUCGGGAUCCUAGCAUACUUUGUCUUCCCAGACUUCCCACAGGAUGCAAAAUUCCUUAAUGAUCGAGAACGUGAGUUUGUCACUUACAGGGUCAAGCAUGCUACCAAUAGAGAUGGAGAGAGUCUAAAAGAGGUGGCAAAACUCGGUAACGAUCAAAGAUCCGCUCCCUUAGGCGAAGACCAUUCAAAGAAACCAAAGUACAUCUGGGCAGCUUUUUCAGAUUGGCAAUGUUGGGCUUUCCUCAUCAUGUAUUAUGCCGUUGGAGUACCGCUUUAUGGAGUUUCACUUUUCGCACCCACCAUUAUCAACAAUCUAGGUUAUACUGCAACCAAAGCUCAAUUACUUACGGCCCCAAUCUAUAUCGCUGCUGCAGUUGCUAGUAUUGUACAAGCUCUCAUCCUGGGUAAGCUUGGGGUCCGUUCUCCCUUUAUCCUUUUCAACUUUCUGUGCACGUUGACCGGAUACAUCAUCUUAAUAUGCAUGGACCCUUCUACAAACCCAAAAUCAACCUAUGCUGCAUUAUUCAUAACUGCUUUUGGAAUCUAUCCAUCUUUCCCAAUUGUGGUUGCAUGGCUCUCCAAUAACGUUGCUGGAACCUAUAAAAGAGCCGUGGCAAUGGGUUUGGAAAUAGGGAUUGGGAACCUAUGUGGUAUUUUCAGUAGUAAUAUCUAUAGAACCCAGGACUCUCCCCGGUUUUUCUUAGGACAUGGUAUAGAGAUAAUGUUUGUUGCGCUUGGUCUAAUGGCUUUGGUACUCACAUUCUUCAUUUACAGUGGCUCAAAUGCCAAAAAGAAGAAAAGAUUACAAGCAGGUUACUACGAUGAUUACUCAGAUGAUGAUAUACUUCAAAUGGGUGACAAAAGUCCCUACUUCUUGUAUAGGUUAUAG